ACCCGAGGUGCUGACGGUGCUGCACUGCUGCCUGUUGGCAGGUGCUGGCGGCCCAAAUCUUACAUCACUGGUGCUAACCUCCAAGAACCGAUAAACAGUGGCGAUUUUGUUAAAAAUGACGAAGUGCAUUGAUUCACGAGAAUUGAAAACGAUUAUAAACGAGAAUGACUGGGAUCAGCUGCUAGAAAAGGUCAAACCAAAGCAUUUUGUGAGGCAGGAAUUCGAGGCAAUGCCUGACGCAAGUGUCUUGGCACAGAUGUGUCAAGUGCUCGUAAGCGAAGCUACUCCGGAUACGAUUAGAAUUCUAUGUCUGAAAUGUUUGGGGAAUUCUUGCCUCAAUAGUUACAAAUACAAACGACAUAAGAUGAAAGAAAUAGAGUCUGCUAAAUACAAUAGAAAUUUAUAUAAUAAAUUAGUUGAGAGUGAUUUAUGCAAGCAAGGGGAGAACUGUGAUUACCAGCAUGAUUCUUAUUUUCCUUAUGAUGGAGCUGUAGAGUGGGUUACAGAUUGCAUUAGAAUUCAAGGCAAAUCUCCAGAUUGUUUGACUGACAGCGAAUUGGAUAUCCUUAGGCUCAAUAUCCAAUUUUUAUGUAAUUUAUUUACAUAUGCAUGUCCAAAUGUAGUGGACAGUGAUAUCUGGAGAUAUUUAAAUUGUGAUAACUUGAAACAAGCUAUUCUAAGGUGUAUGCAGUCUGAUCACAGAUCCCUUGCUAGUGCGGCUUGCAUAUAUGCACACAAUGCAUUGAAAACACUAUGUCACAAUUAUUUCGCAAUGGAAGAGAAAGAUUUAUAUUUACAAUUACUAAAACCUGUGAAAGAAGGUUUUACAUCUGCAAAGGAUGCACUGUUACUCAUGUUGCAUCAAUCCAAUGUUUUCAAAGAUAUAUAUAGUAGUAUAACUACAAGUGAAAAGCUAGCUUUACUUGAAAUUAUUUAUGAUGAAAUCUGGCAGUCUUGGCAAUCUGAUCUCAAUAUGGUGCUCACAAAGGAUCAAGCUGAGUUUCUGGCGCUAACAUUUUGCAAAAAGAGUGAUCUCAUUUUAAAAACUGUGGAUACGUACGUAAACAACGUAGAUCCUAUGGAAAUUAUUCUUAUUCUUAAUAUUCUGGGACUUCUUACUACACAAUGCAAUAUCUCGGAGAAUGCUAGAUGUUUGCUUAUUAACUGUAAAUAUCUUUUGAUGUCUUUACAUAUGAUGGGAAAGGAGGCAGACAAUUAUUUUACUCCGAUAACGAAUCUAAGUAAAGUAGCACCUAGUACUCAAGGAAGAGAUACAGAUGUAUGCUCAAAAUCAAAUGAUGCUGAGGUAUCUGCAACAGUAGCAAAGUGUAAUCCUGAGGAACAUCCUGCAUAUGGCUUCAAAGUGGGGCUAAUACGAGUCAUUGCAAAUAUGGUACACAAGAACAAAAUAUGUCAAGAUCUGUUCCGCGAAAUAGACGGAAUUCCAUUGCUUCUGGAUUGUUGUAACAUAGACGCGAGGAAUCCGCUUAUCCUACAAUGGACCAUUCUCGCUUUGAGAAAUCUGUGCGAGGGAAAUCCUGAGAAUCAAGAAAUUAUUAGAAACUGCGAAAAAACAGGCGUGCCAGAUAAUCCCGCGUUGCAGGAGAUGGGAUUGACUCUGCACGAGGACGCGGAUGGGAAGUCGAUUCGUAUCAUUCCUUUGCGUCGCAAUUAGGAAGAUUUACUAUUCUCUAGGACGGCGAGAUUGCCCCGGGCAAUCAAUCAACUCAAUAAUUAUCAAACUAUUACCUGUUUGUAUCGAUAAUAUCCCCGAUAAGAUACAAUGAUUGGUUUAUCUUGGUAUGCAUAAAUAAUUAUUAUUCCAAUUAGUUCGACUGAAAUGUAUCCUGCUGUACCGCUCGCGGAAAAAACGUCGCCGCAAUUACAACGUAUUUGUGCCAUUAGACGAAAUACGAUGUGGUGUACGGUAUAGAGAGAUAUUUUAUCUACAUUCAUGGCCGAGUGAUUUACGAUACAAUAAAAGCUGCUGCGAGAGUUCACGGUCUAUUAGUAAUUGCUAAUGUAAGUAUACUACUGAUAUCGCUGAUCAUUCAAUUGCAAUGUGAAAUGGAUUUUAUUUUCUUUAAAUAAUUAAUAAGCCUUCGACAAGAUUUCAUUAAUGCGCAUGAGAACGAUAAUAAUUUUUAGGCCGGUGUUCUGCAAAUCAAUAAAUAAGUAACGCGAUUAAGCGAAGAGGAAUGCCAUUUUUCAGUCGAAGCGGUUAAUUUUUAGUGCCUAACAAGACUGUGAAUUUUUAAUAUUUUAAUUUUAAUAUUUGUAUGAAUUUUUAUAAUUUCCAGUUUAUGCAAAUUGCGUGCCGAUUGUUUGUCGAUCGUGAAACAUAGUUGUAAAGUUCGUAUGAAGAGUGGAAAUUGUAAAAAUUCGACACAAGUUAGUUCUAAUCUCAUUUAUCAUUGUCGAUAAAUUUGCAAUAAAUAAACGUUUAUAUCCACAUUUUUCUAUUCUCGCCAAAGAUUCCUGUUUAAGAAUUGUAGAACCUGCAAUUACGCUGUCAGGAGACGUGGUGUUUUAAUAAAUAAUUUCUCUAUUAAUUAA